AUGACGUGGAGCGUCCCAUACUGGACGGUGCCGUCGUCCUCAACUGCCAGACCCGUCCUCACUACCCAGACCGACAGUCGAAAUGCCGCCCAAACGGAGUACCGCACUGAAUGGGAGGAAGUAUCCCCAGUGUUACUCGACUGCGACGUAGACGUUGUCAGCCUUGACGGCAGCAGGACGCAUGAGGAGAUGCAAGUACUGCACCUGUCGAAGCUCCUCGACGAGGCGAAGCAAGAGAACCACCGUUUUGAGGAGCAGGUGCAGUCCUUGCUCAACCAAUCCAUGACUGAGACAAGCAGCCUUCAGUCCAAGAUCGCGGAGCUGCGGCAGCGAAAUAAGGAGGCUCUCGCUGAGUGCGAACGAAUGAAGAAGGAGAAAGAAGAUGUUGUUGCUGCGCUCACGAAGAAGAACGAUGUCAUCAAGGCAACGCUGCAGCAGCAAAACCAGGAAAUGCGGCAAGCGCUCGAGGACCUGAAUCGCUCCAGCGCUCAUGCUCAAGCCGAGCUGCUGGAUGCAAGGAGCAGCAUGCUGGUGUGCCGUCAGCAGCUCACGCAAAGCUCCGCCCAACUCGAGUCCUUACAGAAAGAGCAAACUGCAAGGAUGGGUCUGACAGACCGAGUUGCUGUGCUGGAGGCUGAGCUGAAGGCCAAGGAUGCAGAGCUCGCUGAGAUGAAGAAGCUCAGCUCGCAGGCCAAGAGCGCAAACGUCGCCAUUGCCCGCGAUGACUCGACAACCCUUGUGCAGGAAUUCAACAACGUUCGGGCGCUGCUGGCAAACUGUAUCCCAGAGCGCCCUGCGAGUAUGUUUAGCGCUAUGAUGUCCUCAAGCAACGAGGUCGUCAGCGCUCUCCGGAAGCUGAACUCCGAUAUUCAUCAAGAUGCCACAAUUAUGGCUGAGUCUAUGGCCGAAUCUUUCGGGUUUGAGAACGGAAGAGUGAACGGGAAUGAGGAGACGGCGCUAUUCCAGCAAGUGGGCACGACCAUUGGCGCAGGUCUUGCCCACUUCCUGGGCACCAAGAGUCAUAGCGAGGAUCCUAUCCUCAUCCAGAUCGCUUUCCAGACAUAUAUCGCUCGGUACCUCUGUUGGCUCUCGACUGCAUGGAUUGCUAGCGGAGGCAAGGAAAGGCUUGGUACGGCUGACCAGAGCAACACUACCCAGACGGUCACCACAGCAUGGAGUGCACUAUCGCAUACUCUCUCCAAGCAUCUUCAGUUCGAUGAUGUCCAGCUUUGUUCUGCAGCCACAUCCAAAAUCGUAGCCGGUCUCGCUGAUAUUUUGCUUGUUGCGGGCUGUGAUGGCACUCGGCCGCAGCUUUGUGAUGCCCUGAAGCAAAAGUUCAGCGAGAAGAUUUCGCUGCUUGCGAAGUCUGGCAUGCGCAUCAAUAGGCUUAUGAUCAAUAGCAUCGACCGGGGCCUUGAUGUCGUGGUAAUCAAACCAGCCACAGUGUUCGAUUCCGCGUGCAUGGACGAUGGGUACGAUGACGGCGAACAUGACAAGAAUGCUGCGAACAACCGUGUCCUGUGCCCCACUGAUAUCGGGUUGUGGCAGCGUUCCAAGGGACCCAAUGCCGGCCAGUGA